AUGUCAGCUGCCUUCCCUCUCCUCCGUCUACCAGACAACGUUCAACGAAAAGUACUCAAUGGUUUCAAUGCAAUUCAGUUAAUCAAUUUUUCUCUCCUAUCCAACAACGCCAAACGACUCGCCAAAUCUCUCAACCUCACGAUUGACCAAAUCGAGCUAUGCCCGGAUGACGAUCUCAUCGACAUUCAAAUAAUUGUUGACGAUGAGUACUGGGUGGGAUGGAUUUUCUAUCCACCAGAACCAAAUACAUUUAUUCAGCCAGUACGGGGUACUGUGCCAAUCUAUGUGCCCAGUUGUGUGAAAGCGUUGACGGAUUUUGAGGAAAACAUGGAUUUUGAGAAUCCGGGACUGAGUAUUUCAGAGUGGUUGAAAUUAAUCAUUGAGGUGUUUAACCAUACGCCUCAUCUGGAUAUUUUAUUGACGACACCGGACUGUCUUUUUGAUAUGAAAUCGAUUAGGGAUACUGUAAAAGGAUUCAACGUGGACGGGCUCACUUUUACUGAGGAAUGUAGCAUGGAGUGUGCACAGCUGGCUUUAAAGAGCUUCCCAGAAUAUGAGGCAUUGUUUAUCGAUUGUCCAGCCUUUAAAAAUCCAGUUGAGUAUCAGAAUAUUUUGAUACAGAAUGUGGAUAGUCUUAUUAUUGGGUCUUUUAAUAUCGAUUUGAAAAUCUCUUUGGAUGAUAUACUACUUAUCAACAGCGAAUUGAUAGAGAUUAAUUCAAGACACAUCACCGACAAGAUGAUCAAUCGAUAUCUGAAACAUUGGAUUCAAGGUUCAAACCCGAGAAUGAAGAAUAUGAGAAUCGAGUUCGAACCAAAUAGAACUUUUGAUGAAGACGUGAUUCUGAAGGGUCUCAAAUAUCACAGAGCCCAACCGGACCGGAUGAGAGAAUAUGAAGAAGCAGAAAAGGUGGAAUUAGUGGAAGGUGCUUAUGAUAUCCGCCGAAAGGAUGGGACGGAAGGGAUGAUUGUAUUUGAAAUUGACCAAGAGUCUCGUUAUUUUGUUCUAAUCGUGUUUGCUUGA